CCCCCUUUUGUGGAAGAUCUCCUGCGCUCCGGAAAACCAUUUGUCCCCUUUUCCGAGUUCUCGGUUCUUGACAUCUGUGACCUAAGUCACAAAGAAGCCAAUGACUGGCUGGAACGCAGGUUGCAAGAGGAAAAGCCGUUUAUUAUUCAUGGCUUUGACAAGCUCGACAACUGGGACAAGCGCAUUUUGAGCAGCAAGAGCCUGGUAGACCUGAACUGUCAGACGGGACGAGAUGUGCGUAUGAAGCUUGCAGAUCUCUUCCAGUUUCAGACGGACCAUACGCGAAGUAACAAUAUCCGAGAAUCCCUAUUCAGUUUAUAUGCAAAAGAUCUUCAGUGUCCGGAGGAGUGGGUUAAAGCUUUGAAAGCCGUUUUACCAUCGUCCUUGCAGCACUUGGGUUCUUUGGACUUGUUCCGAGUAUUGCCCCGAGAAAUUGCACCAGAGGUCUUGAUGGCUUCCGGCUUUCAUAGAUGCUUUAGCGGGUCAGUUGCUCUCAAUCUCGUGAUUGAAUCCAAAGACCGUCGGUCAGGAUCAAUCUGCUUCGGUACUGACAGACAAUCGCAAACAAACUAUGACGCUUACAUGGAGGAAUUGGGAAAGUCAUCGCAUACCGACUGGGCCAAUAUUUCGAUCGCGCAGCUACGAUCAGCCAACUUUCCCAUCUACGUUACCUAUCAAGAACCUGGCGAUCUGAUUGUCUAUCCAUCAGCAACUUCGCACCAAGUUUGGAACGUUGGUCCAAUGGUUACCAGGGUCGUUUGGAAUGUCAUGCAUACGUCUUCCAUGGCAUCCUUCUUUGAUUACAUCCAACCCGCGUAUCAAAGGCAAUGCCACACCGACACCGGCCGAGUCCCAUUGAUCCCGCUACAUGCACUUAGGGACCCUACUGCCCUUAGCGCAAAGGAGCUGAAACUCCUUUUGGAGACCUUCGAGCGACUGGUCGACGAUGAUGACGCGGGGUCAAAUGUACCCGUAAAGCUUGUGGAUACUCAAGGUGCCGUGGUGGAAUGUAAUUAUUGUGGACUAACUAUCUGGAAUCGGCAUUUGCAUUGUGAGCAGUGCGGGGACUUCGACCUGUGCUUGCCUUGCUUUGUCUCUGGGCGAAGUUGCAAACAUAUUACGGACUAUACCUGGGCGGAACUGAUUCCCAGAGAAGAUUGCCAAGCGCUAAUAGACGCAACCCGAAAGGACACUGAUUUUCUAUCCUCUUCAAAUCCCAGAAUAGCAGAGCAGAAAUCACUGGGUCUUUUGGCUAGAGCUGCGGCAGAUGCUCGACGACAGUCUAUGGUAAGUACGACCCCUAAAGAAAAACCGGUCAGAGCCCGCAUCAAGCCCGCUGACCCCCGAGGCCGUAUCAUGGGCUUUGUGGACAAUGUGUUCGAUCAGAAGAGAGGAAAGAGAGCCAGUACAGGCCCACAAAUGACGCCUUCGCAGACGGCUGUCUCUCUGCAAGGGCGGAAACGUCUUAGAUCAAACAGCAGCGAAGGCUUUGAGCAAGGACUGCUGGAUCGCAGCAGGUUUUCUUCUACGGAGGACACUCAACUGCCCGGCAUCGUGAGAUCAGAAUCGGACGACUUACGGAGCAGAGACACUGCUCGACCAAAUAUCCAUCUCACCAAAGUGCAUACUGAUGUGAACCAUUGGCCUAAAGCACAGCUACGAAUUUGUGACCUGGUCGAGAGCCGGGCUGAGAGUGCGGCGGCUGAAGGAAACUCUCGCAAUCAUGCCACACAGUACCAACCUGCUGCACUUCUUGAGAUACCAAACCGGCGUGAUCACCCUUCAAGAGAAGACAACUAUUCCCCCUCAUCGACCUCCACAUCCACAGGUGAAGAGAGCAUUCCUGUUUUGGAGAAGAGACUGGAGGCUCUUCGUCGCUAUGCGGAUGAUCUUCUCGAGCUCUCUUUGGUGGAAUCGCAUGCUAAACUGCUUGAGAAGAUCAUUACAUAUGAAACUCAGAUUGAGCAGAUCAGGAGGCAAAAGGCCGAAAAACUCUUCAGUAAUUUGAAUCGGGAUUUCCCCGAUCUGGCCAACGUAGCCAUGGAAGAGGCGCGACGGCGAGGACUAUGA